UCUAAACAAAGUCACGCCGGUCGACAUAACAGAACUAGCUAAACGGUUGAAUUCAAAAGACUCCGCCUCCGUUCUGCCCGGUACUGAUGCAAAAAGCUUUCCUGGAUUAUACGUGACAUCUCUGUCAGGUGCGACGGCUGUGACAGACGCCACUGUCACCACCAGUGUGCCUGCCGCUGGCCCGACACCAGUAACCAGCGUCACCGCCGGAACACCAGCGCCUCUCAGCGUUGGAGACGGUAAACUUGUACCAAACGGACACGGCCCUGCCCUAAGAAGACCAUCGGCCGAGGAUUCCGUUCUGUCCGCACUUGCCGCCACAGCACCGGCUUCUAUCCAUUUAAACAACAAACAGUUACCUCCUCAACAAUUGGCACCUGCAGGAGGAAACGAGCUGCUGCUUGGUGAACAAGUGCGCACGACCGCGAUAAUCGAAAACCAACAACUGCUGGCACCGCCGGCUGGGCAACUGUCUCAAGACAGGCCAAGAAGAAGAUCUGGCGGUAGCAUAGUGGUAUUGGACGCGGAGAAACCGAGGUUGCCGGAAGACGAAUGUUUUAACCAGGGCGUUAACCAGGAUACGGAUAUGGUCGCCGUCAUGUCGCUCGCUCACGACAACGGACCCCACCGUGAGAUGGCAGUUGACGUGCCUGACUCGUUCGUCGCGCGCAACAAGACGCCACCUCGCUAUCCUCCUCCAAAGCCGCCAUCUUCGGGCACGGUCGCCAAUCAGGUACCGUCGGCCACCCCGCACAAUCACCAAAAACCACACGAUAAAUCUGAUCACCGAUCACAAAAACACGCUCACCAGAAGGUGGGACAACAAACGCACAUAAAAUCCAACAAUCGAAAUAGUAGUUAUGAUGAUCAACAUGUCGGUCACAAAACUAGCAACGGCACCCCGAGUUCGGUCGUCGUAGAAAACCACAAGAUGAACGGUUCAGUGGUGGUAGCGCCUCCAUCGGCUCCUUUGGCUCCUUCAGCAGUACAGGUGCCAAUACCGCCUCCUCGGGAGCACCUGCGCAUCGAGAAAGAUGGACGGCUGGUGAAUAGAGCACCAGCGCCGCAGGUUCCGGCGAGAGGCACGACUACUAUUGCUGCAGCACCGACAUCAGGAGCGGUGCAGCCUACUGUGGAGCAGUUGGAGAGCAUGAGGAAAUAUCAGGAUCAAUUACGUCGCCGCAGAGAACAACAGCAGCAGCAGGAGCAAGAGCAACAGCUACUGCGCGCCUCUCUCAGAGGUUCGGCAAAGCUCCGUGCUCUGCAGCAGCAAACACCUCAACAAGUUGCAGCACAGAAGCAGCAGGCCCUGAAAGGAACCCUCAAUGAAGCAUACGAACCUCAUGAGGAUGAGAUUCUGGAUGAUAGCGAUAAAGAGGUUGGCGACGAAGAUGUUAAAGCUCCUGGGAUUACGACAUACGCCGAGCUGACGGCAGCAUUAUCACGCCUGCAGCAGGCUCUGAGGGCUCAUUCUGCAUUAAGUGCGCGUUGCGCUCGGGCGACGCAAGCGCUGCAGUCGCAACGAGUUGCAAGGGCGUUGCGCACCAGGAGGGAAAUAUGUGCCAGGCGUCUUGUGGACAGGGCUACUUCCGAUGAUGCUCAAGGGUUGGCCAGAGAGUGUACAGAUAUGUUGCGAGAAUUGACUGCAUCGGUGCCACUUGCCCCAUCAGGACCCUUGGGAGCAUCUGCAGGAUCUGUUAGCAUAAGUACAGCUGCAGCUGCUAGAGAAUUAUGUGAUUUGUUAGGCACUUACGAAAUGGAAGGACUGCUGCAGGCGCACGAUGGCGUUAUUAAAGCAAUACCCAAAAGUGCUAUUUCACAUAGUCCUAAGCCUGUAACCAGGCCACAUCUUUCUGCAUCGGCCGCUAGUUCAAUUGGUCAAGUUGGCCCAACAACAGCACCAGCAUUACUAGCAGAAGAUGAUGGUGUCAGAAUUAUUCAAAUUGAAAAAACCAAUGAGCCAUUAGGCGCCACAAUCAGGAAUGAAGGUGAAUCUGUAGUUGUGGGUCGUGUAGUUAGAGGUGGUGCUGCGGAAAAAACUGGUUUAUUGAGAGAAGGAGAUGAAUUGUUAGAAGUAAAUGGUUUACCAUUAAGAGGUAAAUCUGUGAACGAUGUGUGUGCUGCUUUAGCAGGAAUGACGGGAACUCUUACACUUCUAGUUGCUCCAAGAUCUCGUCUCACUCCACCUGUGGCUACUGCUGCAGCAACUGCUCCAUCCGUUCUGCAUGUUCGUGCGCAUUUUGAUUACGAUCCAGAAGAAGAUUUAUAUAUUCCAUGCCGAGAACUUGGAAUUGGUUUCCGAAAAGGAGAUGUACUUCAUGUCAUUGGACGCGAAGAUCCUAAUUGGUGGCAGGCUUUUAGAGAAGGUGAAGAAGACCAGACUUUAGCAGGUCUGAUACCUAGUCAAGCAUUCCAACAUCAGAGGGAAUCUAUGAGGCAAUCACUAGCAUUGGCUGCUGCUGCAGCAGCUUCUGGAGAUAGCACAAAGGCAGGAUCAAGGCGUGUAGCAGGAACUUUACUCUGCUCCAGAGCCAAACAGCCAAAACGCAGAAAGCGAGGAAUGGUAUCUGGAAGUGGGGCUGGUUUAGGAGUAGGUGGAGGUAGUUUAGGCAAAGGAAGUGGAGGCAGUGAAUCUGGUUACCCACUAUAUUCUUCAAAUAGUGGCGAUGAACCAGAACCUAUUGAUCAAAUUCUAACAUAUGAAGAAGUGGCUCUGCAUUACCCAAGAGCAGAUAGACGUAGACCAGUUGUGUUAAUAGGACCACCAAAUAUUGGAAGGCACGAACUCAGGCAGCGAUUAAUGGCAGAUCCAGCUGGUAGAUUUGCAGCCGCUGUACCACACACAUCUAGACCUAGAAGUGAGGGAGAAGUUGCUGGCCAAGAUUAUCAUUUUAUAUCACGUGCUCAAUUUGAAGCUGAUAUCUUAGCUAGAAGAUUUGUUGAACAUGGAGAAUAUGAAAAGGCAUAUUAUGGUACAUCUCUUGAUGCUAUUAGAUCCGUAGUAGCAUCAGGAAAGAUUUGUGUUUUGAAUUUACAUCCGCAAUCUUUGAGAUUGCUGAGAGCUUCAGAUUUAAAACCAUACACUGUUUUGGUAGCUCCUCCUAGUUUAGAAAAACUAAGACAGAAGCGAUUAAGAACUGGUGAACCUUAUAAAGAAGAAGAACUAAAAGAUAUCAUUGCAACUGCAAGAGAAAUGGAAGCUCGUUGGGGCCAUUUGUUUGAUAUGAUAAUCAUAAAUAAUGAUACAGAAAGAGCUUAUCAGCAAUUAUUGGCAGAAAUUAAUAGUCUAGAAAGGGAACCUCAAUGGGUUCCUGCAGCUUGGCUACAUUAAUAAAAACAAGAUUCAAGAUUCAACUUUACACUUGGAUUUUGAGGAGGUAAGAGAGAAAUAUGUAAUAUGUACAUACAUAUAAGUUUAUGAGGUCGUACAGAGAGGUUGAUAGUCAUGUAGUUAUUUAGAGUGAGAGUAGUGACAAGCUGGAUUGUUGUAAUUGUAUAUAAUAAAUUUGUAUUGAAAUUUUUGCAGUAUUAAAUCUGUGCUAAAAGUAUGAGUGAAUUAAUAAAAUAAGAUUUUAAAAAUUUAUAUAGUAUCAACACGAAUAUCAAAAAAAAGUUUUUAUAGGUGUUCUAUUAUACGAAGCACUCGAAAUAUUAAAUCUUUAUAAAUGAAUGUUGAUCCUGUAGAUUACAUUGAAGAGUAGACUUUGGAAGUAUUUUAUGCUCAACAAUUUUAGUACUUUCAAUUAAAAUAAUAAAUUACUUGCAUAAAUUAAUAAAAGUUCUAUUCAAAUUCCCAAACUGAAGUCCCUGGUGGACAUUUGUGUGAUUAGAAUACAUAAAAAAUAGUGGAUAUCUCAAUAAAAUAUUCUAUGUCUUCUAUCUACUUAAAAAUUAUAUCGAAAUAAAACAGUAGAAAAUUUACAAUAAUAGGUUUAACAUGCAUAUUCACAAUGUAGACAUAAAGAUGCAUAUUCAAUUUUUGUGAGAAUUAAGGAAUAAUAGAUGAAAUUAUUAGGUCAAAUUGACACCCCAUAAAACGUGCUCAAUAUCAUCUACUUACAAUAAAUUAAAAUUUUUUAAAUAUAGAUAAGUUGCCAAAUCGACAGAGCCUUACAUGGAUAUGAGAUGAGGGACUGUUAAUAAAAAUUAUUUAAUUCAUAUGUGCAUUUGUAUUGUAUAUAUUGAUAAUUAUAAAAUAGUACGUGUUUAUCAAUGAAAUUGUGGAUGUUAGAAAAAUAGCAUUUUGAUUUGUGUGUAAACUAAUAUAUCUACUUAUAUGUGAAAUUCAUGUAUAUUUUUUAGAGUUUAUUUACCUACUUAAAUUUUACUUAUGAGUAAAAU